GGACAAUGUCUGAAAAGGCAAAAAGGAUGGAUAUGAAACAUUGGAGAUUUGAUGGAGCUAAGUUUGCAGGAACGACAGGGUUAUUUACGAUGAAAAUGUAUGAAGUGAGGUCUUACAAUGAUAAGAAUUCCAAUAAGAAUAUGGUGGGAUCAAACUCACAACUACUUGAUUGGGUCUACGAAUUCAAACGUUUGAAUUUGGCAACACUUGUCACCAUUGGCCUCCACGCAAGCCGGAGGUUUUGCAAACGUGUUCGUACACAAAUGGCUCUACGUAACGAAGAUCAAUAA